UUAUCAUUACAAGAUGCAAAUUCACCAUUAAUAGAACAAUUAAUCUUUUUCCAUGACCAUACUAUAAUAAUUCUAUUCAUAAUUACCAUCAUAGUAUCAUAUAUUAUAGCAACAACAUUGUAUAAUAAAUUAAUCAACCGAUAUUUAUUAGAAAGACAAACAAUUGAAUUAAUUUGAACAAUAAUACCAGCAAUCACCCUAUUAUUCAUCGCAAUCCCAUCACUUAAAAUUCUAUAUUUAAUAGAUGAAAUUAAUAAUCCAAUAAUAACCAUUAAAGCAAUUGGACAUCAAUGAUACUGAACAUAUGAAUAUUCAGAUAUCAAAAAUAUCGAAAUAGAAUCAUAUAUAAAACCAACUAACACAUUAGAAAAUAACGAAUUCCGAUUACUUGAAGUAGAUAAUCGAAUCGUAUUACCAAUAAAAUCAACUAUCCGAAUUCUAGUUACAUCAUCUGAUGUAAUUCAUUCAUGAACCAUCCCAAGUUUGGGAAUCAAAAUUGAUGGCACACCAGGACGAUUAAAUCAAGGAAGAAUAAACAUAAACCGACCAGGACUAAUAUAUGGGCAAUGUUCUGAAAUUUGUGGAGCAAACCACAGAUUUAUACCAAUCGUAAUUGAAAGCAAAAAUAUAAUUAAUUUUUCUAAUAAUAUAUAUAUA